AAAGGGCAGAACACAAUGUCCGCCAUGGGGGGAGAGGCAGAGGACGACAAAAGAGGGUAGCUUCCGCAAGAUCUUGAGAUGUGUGAAGACUGCAGACACCAGGUCAGCUUAGCAUUACUAUCGGCACCACCACCAAUUCCUUCCUUCCCAAACCAGUUUGCCAAGAAGAAAGCCUAGCUAGCUAUCGAUCGAUCGAUCGACCAUAUAUAUGCGGCAGCUUUUCCCAUCCAUCUGAGAUCAAUCGAUCGCCAGGCGCCAGCCAGUAUAUCCAUAAAUAGUUUGAUUCCAUGGGGAGCGACAACAAGUCGGGCUCCGCCGCCGGCGCAUGCAGCCCGCCGCCCGCCGUCUGCUGCAUGUGCGGCGACCAUGGCCUCCUGCCGGAGUUGUUCCACUGCUCCGCCUGCUCCGUCCGCUCCCAGCACACGUAUUGCACGGAUCGGUAUCCGAAGGCGGAGGCGUACGGGACAUGCAACUGGUGCCUGAGCGCAGGCCAAGGAAGCGGUGGCGCCACUCCUAGCCCAGUGAGAUCCACGAUCAAAGCGCCAGUCCGGCCUCGGCCGGCUGCUCACUGCAGAGAUGAUGUUUCGACCUGCAGCGGCGGCGGCGCCAGAUCGGUGCCACUGCCGGCGAAGGUCGCCGCUCGGAGUGACUUCACGGCAGAGCUGAACAAGCCUAUCAAGAAGGAGCAACAGCGGCGGCGGCUCGUGCUGCGGCGGUCGGCGUCGGACCUGGGCAGCGGCGUCGUCCGUGCCAGCCGAGGCGCCGGGCCGCUUUCUCCUGGCGUCCCGCGGGGAAGGCCGAGGGUUCAGCGGUACAAGCUCUUGGAAGAGGUGAUCAGCAGCUAGCUAACUUAACGACAAGAUAUAGAUGCACAUACAUGUACAUGGUUUCUUAAUUUUGGUUUUCGUGGAUGAUUGCAUGCGUUUAUGCAUGUAAGCAUGUACUACAGAGUAGGUGCGGCCGUGGAGUUCUA